AUGAAUGAAAUAAAAAUGGACGAAGGAGAAAAUGGUAAAGAUGUACAUAAACCAAUGAAUCAAACAUUAUCUUCAGCACCACCUUUUGAAAUAGUUCGACAACAACGUUUUGAAGUUGGGCCACGUUAUACUGAUUUAAAAUUUAUUGGUGAAGGUGCAUAUGGUAUGGUUGCAUCAGCAUUCGAUCAUCUUACACAACAACGUAUUGCAAUUAAAAAAAUAACACCAUUUGAACAUCAAUGUUUUUGUCAACGAACAUUACGUGAAAUAAAAAUUUUAUCACGUUUUCGUCAUGAAAAUAUAAUUAAUAUACAAGAAGUUAUACGUGCACCAACAAUUGAUCAAAUGAAAGAUAUUUAUAUUGUGCAAUGUCUUAUGGAAUGUGAUCUUUAUAAAUUAUUACGUCAUCAACGUUUAACUGAUGAACAUAUUUGUUAUUUUUUAUAUCAAAUAUUACGUGGAUUAAAAUAUAUACAUUCAGCAAAUGUUUUACAUCGUGAUCUUAAACCAAGCAAUUUACUUUUAAAUACAAAUUGUGACUUGAAAAUAUGUGAUUUUGGUCUUGCAAGAAUAGCUGAUCCAAAUAAAGAUCAUUCUGGUCUUCUUACUGAAUAUGUUGCUACUCGUUGGUAUCGAGCACCGGAAAUUAUGCUUAAUGCACGUGGUUAUUAUAAACCAAUUGAUAUAUGGUCUGUUGGUUGUAUUCUAGCUGAAAUGAUUGGUGGAAAACCUUUAUUUCCUGGUAAACAUUAUAUAGAACAAAUAAAUUUAAUUUUAAAUAUUGUUGGUUCACCAGAUGAAUCUGAUUUAAUAUCAAUUGUUAAUGAACGAGCUCGAAAUUAUGUUAGUUUAUUACCUGUUCGUAAACGAACACCAUGGAAACAAUUAUAUCCAACAGCAUCAGAUUUAUCACUUAAUAUGCUUGAUUAUCUUUUAACAUUUAAUCCAAAUCGACGUGUUAGCGUUGAAGAAGCACUUAAACAUCCAUAUCUUGCUCAAUAUUAUGAUCCAUCAGAUGAACCAACAGUAUCACAACCAUUUACAUUUGAUAUGGAACUUGAUGAUUUACCAUUACCACAAUUAAAACAACUUAUUUUUGAAGAAACAGAAAUAAUUCAUGAACGUUUACAACAACAACAACAACAACAACAGCAGCAGCAGCAACAACAAUAA